AUGUGUGCUGAAGUCGAUCCUCUAACAGCCUUCUUGGCACUUAUACCUUUUGCUGAUCGUAAAAGAGCAACUGUAACAAUUUUAAAGGUCAGAAAAUAUCUGAACGAACAAAUCGAAAAUACAGCCUCCUUCAGUCGUCCCGCCACACUUAUACGAAAUUUAAAACCAAUAUUUACCCACCUUCCGAUUACAUUACGGCGUUCAUUAAAGGAGAAACUAUUCACUGCUUUAGAGCAGUCAUUGGAGAGUUCCGAGGCGCUUGCAGUUUUUACUAUUCUUCUCUCAAUUAUCGAAACAUAUAGCAUACGAAAUUCUGAUCGAUGUGAUCUCGAGAAAGAUGACAUCUUCAACAGCCUGUCUUCAUUGAUUCCAAUUUUGAACAAUAUUUCUCAAAGCAUUUUAUCUCGGAAUACCAACCUUCUGUCAUGUCGUGCUUGGGUUGUUGCAAUGUUGGUUUAUACUUAUCGAGAGUGUCUCAUUUGGUAUUCACGUCAGGAUUGCUUAGACUUGACAAAAGAAGGCUUAGAUGAAGUAGUUCCCAUUGAAUCCGUAUUUUAUGACUCUCCCAGUGUGCCAAAAAUACUCAGGAUUGCUCUUGAUUGCCAACGAACUAACAAGCCUCCUCCUUCAACAGACUUUAAUUACUCAUUUUAUGAUUUGUUGCUGCUAAGUGCUUUCUCUGAUCAUGCUUCGAAUUUUAUUUUUGAGAAUACUGCGUCUAACUUUCCUGAAAACAGAUUUGAUGAAUCCUGUAAUUCUCUUAAACUCCCAGUUUCAGUAAAGGUUCAUUCUAAAUGCCAAUCGUUACUUACACUGCAAGAAGUUCAAAAAUCAAUUGAAUCAAAAGAUCUGAUGAAAAUCCGUGGAAACCUAGAGCUAAUCGAACGCUAUAUCCUCGACAAUGUUCCGCUGCAAGGAGAUUUUAAACAAAUUUGCAAGGAGAUGAUUAAAAGCGCGCUUGUUAUUAUGGACACCAUGAUGAGGAGGAUGGAGGAAAUUGAGGUUCCUAAUGAUUUGUUCUCUCUCUAUACUGGCCUUCUGUGUGGCUUCUUACGUGUUUGGAUUCAUUGUUUGGAGAGACGACUAGUACUUCAAGAAAUACCUCAAUCAUAUCUCUAUUUAUGCUGCUUCAUGAAUAUUCGAUAUCAAGAUAUGAUUUUGAAAGAUUUUGUGCAGUCCAUCUGCGUCGUAUCCAAUUUUCUCACAACAUAUGGCAGAAUAUUCAAGGCGCAUAUUCUUGCAUCUCCACAUUGGUUCUUACAGAUGCUGAAGGACUCGCUUACGGCAAUUUUUGAUAGGCUUUCAUCAGGUAAGCUAUUUUCAGCAUUUUGUCUUCAAUCUAUGUUAGUAAUAUAUAAAUGUAAUUUUUUAACAGCCACAGAUGAAGAAGAACUGACUACACUCGAAUAUGCAAUAUGUCCUUGUAUCGCAUCAAUCAGCCGAACAUGGGCAAGUCUCCAUGCUGAAGAGCCUGACACGCGUCCAGAGUUGUCGCGCAGUAUUCAGGGU